CUGAUGGAAUUAUGAAUGUUUUUCUUCAUAUGUCAAUCAUCCUUUUAGUCGUCAAUAUUCAAAUGUACUUCCUAACAAUGACGUCAUUGUUAGAAUCCUCAGCGGCCGUGAGAGUGGCGCCACCUGCUGGCUCAGCGUGGACGUGACGUCAUCAUCGUCCUCCUCCAGGCCACACUUCCCGCCAAGCAGCUCGCCCGUGCACUGCAGCAGCGUGCACGUGACACACACACACACUGCGCACGCUCCCAGGGGCGUCUGCAUCACAGUCUGCAUGCAUGCACCUGACGCCACGUGCACGCGCACCACAGGACGACUGCAGCGUUGGUGCACGUGAAGCCGGUGAUUUAGUUUGCCACAGGUGUGAACUGAGAGGGUCCGAGACCAAAAGGCGGCCAUGUCCCAGUCCGAGAAAGUCCUCCAUCUGUACCUGCAAGUGAGGUCAACUUCUGCUCCAAAUGGAGGUAAGGAGACUUUCGGAGUAGAUGAAAAGGGUGCUCCUGUGGAACAUUCGGGACUUGAAGACGGCGCUGAGGAGCUCCUGUCCCAGCUCAGCAGGGGGACCACUUGUCAAAGCUCCACUGGGUCCAGCGCUGCUCCUCAUCUGCUCCCAGAGCCUUGUGGUUCUCAGCUCCAGCCAGCAAGCAGUUCUUCUCCCGUCACACAAUGCCAGAGUCAACACUAUGGCAUGGUUCCGUCCUCAAAGUUUGCCUCCACCAGCUUCAAGAAGGAGAUCCCUGAUGGGAAGAGUUCUGUAGUCACCUUUCGUUAUGUGCACAAGUCCAAUGUUAAGACUUUAGGCAGUCCUGCGUAUGAUCCUCACAGCCGACAGCAGAGUCCAGGCUCUUCUUGCAGCUCCAGUCCCAAGUUGACAUUCCCACCUUUAGGUUCUCCAGGAAGUCACCAGCAAAGGUGCCGCAACCUUCAUCCGGCAGCCGCAGACCCUCUUGACCAGGCCGUCACACAAAGAGAUUUGGAGGAAUUUGGAUCACCACUACUCAAACUCAAACUGGCACAUGCGCUCCAGAACUCCUCGCUAUCACGGAACUAUCAUCCGACCCGCUGUCAGUCCUGGGCCAGGUCCCCUGUCCAGCACCACAAUGACAGCAGCGGGACGUGGCAGUCGCAGAACCCCCUUCACCGCUCAGUCAGGCUCACCCCUGAAAGACCUCCAGACAGUGCGGUUGUCCAACCUGGUCGUAUCAUCCAAGGCUUAAACCAGUUAAGUGACGUGAGAAAAUGUUCUUCCUGCUGGUUACGUCCCAAAGAACCCCAAGCCCGGUCUCCAACUGGUUCAGGUGCACUGCAAAGUUUGAAGAUGAACAUUCCAGUCCCCAUUUCAGGGAGGGCCCUCCACCAACACCAGUGGCACAAAAGCUCAGCACCAGCGUCUACGUCCCCCUUCCAUCCUGCGAGAGUCCACCGCCGCUCUCACCCCCCAACCGAGUUUAGUUCCCCCCUCAGGGACCCAGGACUGUCCUUGGCCAAACUCCGUGCGGUAGAGAGCCCAACCCUGCAUCGCUGUCAGACGCCACAGUACGGUCGCCGGGACAAAAGGGGCGCAGGCUGCCGAGAAAGGGGGGAAUACAUGCAGCCAGUCGGUCAGGGGGUUGAGGGGGCACCAGUCGGUCAGGGGGUUGAGGGGGCACCAGUCGGUCAGGGGGUUGAGGGGGCACCAGUCAGUCAGGGGGUUGAGGGGGCACCAGUCGGUCAGGGGGUUGAGGGGGCACCAGUCGGCCAGGGGGUUGAGGGGGCACCAGUCGGCCAGGGGGUUGAGGGGGCACCAGUCGGCCAGGGGGUUGAGGGGGCACCAGUCGGCCAGACACUCAAAGAAGACAGGGGGAGCCUCCCGGGCCCAAGCCUCAUCCGUGCAGGUGAGCAAACUUGGGACUAUUCGCCUCUGAGCCUAACAACCAGGAACAAGCAAUCUGAGCAGAGAAGGAGAGAGCGCCUCCUUCUGGGACCAGUGGUCCCCGAUUCUCCUGAUGAGGAUGAGGAAUGUGUUGAGGAAGAGGAGCAGCAGACAGGCCCGUCAGGAUCAGACUGCCCUCCGGAAACCAUUGGAAGAUCUUCAGGAAGCUCCAGUGGGGUGACGGGCAGUGUGGGGGAUCAGGACUGUGCAUCACCCGAGUCGCUUCAAUCCAGCCACCGAGGCAAUGAAACCAUGGCCACCACGUCUGGGAUACAGACAGACAGCGUGUCGCCCGUCCCGUCGUUGCACUGUCAAAAGAUCGCCCGCGCCAAGUGGGAGUUUCUCUUUGGACCUGAAGAGGGUGCCAGCAGCGGACCGAGACACUUUCUGGAAGCUUCCACAGCGCCGCCAAGCGGAAACUCCAGUGAGUCCCCCACUGCCAGCCCCACCUCCUCCCUACCGCCGCUCACUGCUAAUCAGGAAGUUCAACAUGUGGAGGUGGAACUGGUGAGCGCCCCUCCCACCUCCAUCGGGAUGUCCCCCAAAACGGGCAUAAUACGGGGGACCCUGAAGUAUUCUGAGACGGACCUGGACGCCGUCCCACUGCGCUGUUACCGGGAGACCGACAUGGACGAGGUGCUGCUGGCUGAGCAAGAGGAUGCCGACUCAGCGUUUGGGAGUAACCGCAGUGUGCAGGCGGGGGGCAGGAGUCCUCUCAGGGGAGUGGCCUGUCUUAGACCACAAGAGGAGGAGGGGGGCAGGAGUCCUCUCAGGGGAGGGGCCUGUCUUAGACCACAAGAGGAGGAGGGGGGCAGGAGUCCUCUCAGGGGAGUGGCCUGUCUUAGACCACAAGAGGAUGAGGGGGGCAGGAGUGCUCUCAGGGGAGUGGCCUGUCUUAGACCACAAGAGGAUGAGGGGGGCAGGAGUCCUCUCAGGGGAGUGGCCUGUCUUAGACCACAAGAGGAGGAGGGGGGCAGGAGUCCUCUCAGGGGAGUGGCCUGUCUUACACCACAAGAGGAGGAGGGGGGCAGGAGUCCUCUCAGGGGAGUGGCCUGUCUUAGACCACAAGAGGAUGAGGGGGGCAGGAGUCCUCUCAGGGGAGUGGCCUGUGUUAGACCACAAGAGGAUGAGGGGGGCAGGAGUCAUCUCAGGGGAGUGGCCUACCACAAGAGGAUGAGGGGGGCAGGAGUCCUCUCAGGGGAGUGGCCUGUCUUAGACCACAAGAGGAGGAGGGGGGCAGGAGUCCUCUCAGGGGAGUGGCCUGUCUUACACCACAAGAGGAGGAGGGGGGCAGGAGUCCUCUCAGGGGAGUGGCCUGUCUUAGACCACAAGAGGAUGAGGGGGGCAGGAGUCCUCUCAGGGGAGUGGCCUGUGUUAGACCACAAGAGGAUGAGGGGGGCAGGAGUCAUCUCAGGGGAGUGGCCUGUCUGA